UCUAGUCUAUUAAAUACUUCUUCAUUUAAGAAUUUGUAGAUAUUUACUAGAAACAAGUAAAACAAGCAUUUCUGGUUGCAGUGAGUGAUGCUAGAUUGCCAGUGGUUGUAUUUUCUGUCAUCUGCACAGCAUUGCCACAUUUUCUUUAAACCAUUUCCUUUAGAGAUCUAAUUUUGCCCAACUUCCUGAGGAAGUGCAGCACUUUACCUUUCACCGCAUGGAACUAAUGUAAUGUAUUUCCUUACAGAGAGCUAAAAUUAUCAGAUCUUCAUGGAGGAAGAGGAAAAACCACCCAACAUCACUGCUAAUCACACGGUUUCAUCAGCUCCUGAGCAUUUAUCACCCCACCAGGAAACGUUACAGGGUAAUGGAGAGUCUGCAGAGGAUGAUCUGUGUUUUGGCGCCUCCUGUCUGACCACGGCAGAACUGCAGCAGCACUGGAGAGCCGUCAAGCAGGAGUUCAGGAGCGUUAAACUGCUGUUCGACAUCCCCAGCGCCAGAAUCAUCUCACAAACCAUCUCCAAACAUGUGGUGUACCAGGUUGUGGUUAUUCGCUCGGGUAGUUACGACUGUGAGCGCGUGGCUAUCGAGCGCCGCUAUUCAGACUUCCUCCACCUCCAUCAGGAGCUCCUGUCCGACUUCAGCGAGGAACUUGAGGACGUUGUGUUUCCCAAAAAGAAGAUGACCCGAAACUUCUCUGAGGAGAUCAUCGCUGAGCGUCGCGUAGCUCUGAGAGACUAUCUGACCCAGCUCUACUCCCUCCGCUUUGUCAGGAAAUCCCAAGCGUUUCAAUCCUUCUUCACUCAUCAGGAACUGAAAUCUGCAUAUGAUCUCCUGAGGGGGGGACGCUUCUCCCGGGCCCUCGAGGGCCUCCAGAAGGUGUUGGUGCUUCAGGAGAAACUCUCCUCUCAUGAUGCUACGUUAGUGAUUCCGACAUUGUGCGCCAUAUUGGUUUGCCAAAGGGAUCUAGAGGACUUCGAGGCUGCCUUCGAAACUGGCAGAAAAGCUUUGCCCACAGUGAGGAGAUAUGAGCUGCGAAAGCAUCACGGGCCCCUGCUGGAGGCUCUGGUUGAUUUGGGGUUCAGUCUGGAGCUGCCGGUGGCUCAGCUACAGGACGAGCUGAUCAGAGUUAAUGACUCUCCAUGUGGGAAAGAGACACAGAUGUCUCUUAAAGAACUGGUGGUGCAAGAGUUUGUAUGAUUUUUUUUGUGUGACUAAAAUGAUUAUGAGGCGAGUUUCACUGCAUUUAUUUAAUUAUUUUGUUGUCAAAAUGUACACAAAUCUAAAUUCUUUAAUAACUUACCUCGAGAACCAUUGAUUUCUUGAAUUUAUGUAAAGGAAACACUGAAAGAAACACCAAGAAACUUGACUUUACCUUCAA